AUGUUCAUUGAACGCCGCCGAAGCACAGGUGAUGGCUACCAGAAGAGAGUCCUUUUCAGUCCCAAGGGGUUCACACAGCACCUAUGCGAGGACAUGGCCGCCCAUGGGUUCUUUGCGGAAGAGGAGUUGAGUGAUAUGGACGACGCUGUCAAUCUCACAGGCUGUCCCCGGGAAUCUGUAAGGGCAUCUCAGUCCUCCCGAGUCCGCAUCCGCAUCUCCGUCAGCCCACAGGGAAAAGGCCAUCGUCGGUCUUCCAGCAUCCAACGAGAUGUUGAAUACGAUGAACCACGGAACACUACGUUUUCCCUGACCGACAACAGCUCGAUUGCUGGCCUCCGCAGGAAACGGUCUCCUUCUCCAACACCUUCAAUGACAUCAACUUCAUCUACCGAGGAGAUCAUUCGACCCUCCAGGAAGAAGACCACCAUCAUGAAGCCGCUGAAUAAGUUCAAGGAGGUGGUACCGGUUGUGCAUAUCCCAGAAUUCAAAGAGCUACCCGUCAAAUCGAGACGCUUCAGAAAAGUGUCCCCCUCUGCCUGCCGCAAGGGUGAUCCCGUCGUCAUCACUCCAAGAGUUAAGCCAACAGUGCCCAGGAAUACGACGCCUGAAGCGGCCAAGGGCAACUCCGCGUCUUCACCCAAAGAUGGGAAGAAGAAGGUCCGUUUCGUCCUGGGUGAUGAUGACGGGAGACGCGAGAGUCCUCCUGUGCAACGGUGUAGCCAAGCGUCUUUCUUGACCUUCAAGUCAAGCAACAAGCAGCUCGACAGUUAA